UCCUCCUAGAUAAGUGGCGGUUCUUUCCUUCUCUUCCCGACAGAUGCGGAUUCCCCUCCUCCCCUCCACAACGGCUCCCGAUAAGGAAUCUUUUUAACCGUCUUUUCUUAUCAGGGGUCAUCCUACCUCAAGAUGUAACUGGCCCUUGGAACAAUAUUUGGAGAAAGAUCCCUACACAACAGUGAAAGAAGUCAAGAUGCCUUUGGAUUGGAAAACAUUAUGGACAGUUAACCCAGAUGACUUGCCUCACCAAGAAGAAUUAGCAGAUGAUUUACUGAUUUCUCUUUCUAAGGUUGAAGUAAAAGACUUAAAAGAUGAAAAUCAAGAAAAUGUGAUCCAUCUUUUCCAAAUUACUCAGUCUUUAAUGAAGAUGAAAACCCAAGAAGUGGAAAUAGCUUCAGAAGAAGUAGAAAAAGCUGGAGAAGAACAGCUCAAAUUUGAAAAUCAGUUAAAAAUUAAAGUUAUGAAACUGGAAAAUGAGCUUGAGAUGGCACAACAUUCUGUGGAUGAUCAGGAUACGCAGUUUUUAAGAGAUGAAAUUCUUCAGCUAGAAAAACAAUUGGAGCAGAAGGACAGAGAAUUAGAGAAUUUGGAAAAAGAGAUGGAAAAAGAGAAAAAAGUCAAUGAACAAUUGGUUCUUCUUAAUGAAGAGGCAGAAAAUGCAAAUAGCAAAUUAAGGAGAAAGAAUGAACAGCUUUGUCAAGACAUCACUGACUAUCAGAAACAAAUAGAUUCACAAAAGGAAACACUUAUGUCCAGAAGAGAAGAUAGUGAUUAUCAAUUACAGUUAUCUAAAAAAAAAUUCGAACUUAUGCAGUAUCUGGAUGAAAUUCAGAAUUUAACAGAAGCAAAUAAAAAAAUUGAAAUUCAAAAUCAAGAAAUGGAAAAGGACUUGGAAGAAUCAGUGCAGGAAAUGGAGAAGAUGACUGAUAAAUAUAAUAGAAUGAAAAUUAAUGUUCAACAGUCUGAUACUCUAAAGGAUCAAUUAAUAAAAGAAAGACUUCAGGUACAGGAACUUACAGAACUUCUAAAAGCAAAAAAUGAAGAAGAUGAUCUCAUUGUGGCUGCUGUAAAUGCAAAGGUUGAAGAAUGGAAGAGUAUUUUGGCUUCUAAAGAUGAUAAAAUAAUCGAAUAUCAACAAAUAUUGUGCAAUUUGAGAGAAAAAUUUAGGAAUACCCAACUUGAUGGUGACAACAAUAAUGUUAUUGCUCUACAACAGGGCAUACAAGAAAGAGAUGGUCAAAUUAAGAUACUUAUUGAACAAGUAAAACAGUACACAAGAGAAAUGGAAACAAAUACACUGAUUAUUGAAGACCUGAGAAAGCACAAAAGAGCUAGCCAAUCAUCACUGUAAUUCUUGAUGAACUGUGUUACAUCCAUAUGGAAGUACAUACUAAACUUCAACAAACUUAUGAUCUAGGCCUUCUUUAUUUGAAAAACAUUUGAAUUCUUUCUUCCUCUCAUAAAUAACUUAUUGCAUAAAUGUCAUUAGUUAAACAUAUGUGUAGUUAAUAGUUUAACAUACCGUUUUGUCAAUCUAUUCCUUCUCUUUUGGAUAUUGUCUGUCAUCCUUUGGACCAGAUCAACAGCAAUAAACAAAACUGUUGACAUAA